CUCCUUCCACCACCUCCACCUUCACCUUCAGCCGGCCCCCUUUCUCCCUCCGCACUCUCUCUCUCUCUCUCUCUCUCUCUCUCUACACUUUCUCUCUCUACUGAGAGCAAUCCAUCCACAAAGGAAGGGUGGAAGGAAGGAAGGAAGGAAAUGGGGAGGGACGAACUCUACAUCACCGUGCCCAGCUUCUUCCGUUGCCCCAUCUCCCUGGACGUCAUGACCUCCCCCGUCAGCCUCUCCACUGGCGUCACCUACGACCGCUCCAGCAUCCAGCGCUGGCUCGACACCGGCAACAACACCUGCCCCGCCACCAUGCAGGUCCUUUCCUCCACCGACCUCGUCCCCAACCUCAACCUCCAGCGCCUCAUCCGCAUCUGGUCCGACUCCUCCCGCCCCUCCGCCCCUCCUCCUCCCCCGCCUCCCCCUGCCGAUUCCCCUCUCUCCUCCGAUGACGCCCUCGCCCUCGCCAACUCCCUGAUCUCCGCCUCCUCCUCCUCCGACCUCGUGCCCUCCUCCCUCUCCAAGCUCGCAAGGUUCGCCGCGGAAUCGGACGAUAACUGCAUUUUCCUCGCGAAGAUCGACGGAUUCGCCGAGCUCCUGCUGAAUCUCAUGACUUGCGCCGAUGAUGAUGAACCGGAGGAGAAGAACCUCAAAACCAUGGAGCUGAUGUUUAGGAUUUAUGAGUCAGUGCUAGCGAAAUCGGAAGAUCGCCAGAAUCUGAUCAAUUCGGCAUUCGACCGGAAUCUCCAUCGCCGGAGCUCGCUCCAGCUCGUCAUCGAACGGGGGAAGAUCGAAUCCAAAAUCUCGUCAUUGAAAAUCCUCGAGUCUGUCGCCAUUACCGAAGAAUCAAAGCUCGUGAUUGCAGAAACUGAAGGAUUCCUCCGCCGGUUGUUGAAGUUCGUCUCUCCGGCGGAGGAGGCCGAAGUGAACCUGAUCGAUUCGACCUUAUCGUGCCUAAUCCACCUCGCAGGCCCGAAGCGCGUGAGGACCAGACUCCUUCACCUGGGAGCAAUCAAGUCGCUGUCGGACCUGCUUGCUGCAUCCCCGAGCCCUGCCGUUUCCGUGAUCGAGAAGGCCCUGAAGCUGCUCGAGACGGUCUCGUCCUGCAGGGAAGGGAGGGAGGCUCUUUCGGGCGACGACCGGUGCGUGGAGGCAGUGCUGCAGCGGGCGUUCAAGGUCUCAGCAGUUGCGACGGAGCACGCGGUGGCGAUACUGUGGAGCUUGUGCUACGCGGCAGGGGAUGAGAGGCCGAGGGCAGUGGUGAGGCGCUGCAACGGGGUGGCGAGACUGCUGGUGGUGAUGCAGAGCGGCUGCUCCCCGGCGGUGAGGCGGAUGUGCGGGGAGCUGCUGAGGAUCUUCAGAGUAAGCUCUCAGUCUCAACCUUGCCUCUCCAAUUAUGAAACCAAGACCACCCACAUCAUGCCCUUCUGAUCUCGAAAUCGGAAUCAAGAACGCAGACCCAUGAAGAUCCUGCAAAAAAUUGAUCUGUACUCUGUAAUCUGUAUAUACAACUCAGAAAUUUGGUUCAAUUUCGUGAUCGGAUUCAUUGUAAAGAUGGGAGCUUUAUGCCAUUUCUUCGAUGGAGCUCUGAAAUCCCAGUAAGAAUUGGACAAACAACCGACUGGUCAAUCGCAGAGAAAUGGCAAGUACUGUGGAAUUAAUUAUUUGAUGAUUGAUCAAAUUGGGGAGCUGAGAUUGGGGAUUUGCUGAAAUUCUUUCGUUACAAUUGUUUAGUCUUCAAUUGAACUAAACCAAGAGAAGGAGACGACAGUGCCCGGAAUAAAUCAACAGUAAAGAAAGACAUGCUAAAAAAAAAAAAUAUGUAACCAGCUUUUGGGAUUAGUUUGACCAUU